UGUUACUAUGAACAUAGUUUAAUAUUUGGAAUUUUUAAAAUUCCUGUUUUAUAAACUAUUAAUGAUCGAUUUCAAAUUACCUAAAUACGCAAGAAAUACUACGUACAAUUCACAACAAAGAAGUGCGGUUGAGUAAUGUUUAAAAUUUGUAAACAUUGCGAUUUGUAAAUUGGUAUGACAUACCAAACUUGUCGCUUUCAACAGUUGUGAUAUCUUAUCAGUGAGUUCGCCGGUUUAAAAGUGAAUACGUGUUUUAGUAUUUAAUAAAUAAUAAAUAAAAAAUGUCUGGAGAAUCUUCUGCUUCGACUGCGAAUGAAAAAGUUGCUCUCAUCACAGGAAUAACUGGACAGGAUGGAUCCUAUUUAGCAGAAUUUUUAAUUGAAAAGGGUUAUGAAGUACAUGGAAUUUUAAGGCGUUCUUCAUCAUUCAAUACUGGCAGAAUUCAACAUUUAUAUGAAAAACCUGCUUGCUUUUCUGGAGGGCGUAUGCAUUUACAUUAUGGAGAUCUAACUGACACCACCUGCCUUAUUAGUAUUAUUUCAAAGGUCAAACCAAAGGAGAUAUACAAUCUUGGAGCUCAAUCCCACGUGAAGGUUUCCUUUGAGCUCAGUGAAUACACAGCUCAAGUGGACGCGUUAGGAACCCUGAGGUUGUUAGAAGCAGUGAGGGUAGCUGGCUUAGAAAAACAGACCAAAAUCUACCAGGCAUCUACCUCGGAGCUCUAUGGAAAAGUAGUGGAAAUACCACAGACUGAAAAGACGCCGUUCUAUCCACGAUCGCCUUAUGCUUGUGCCAAAUUAUAUGGCUAUUGGAUUGUCGUUAAUUAUCGCGAGGCAUACGGUAUGUUCGCAUGUAACGGGCUGUUGUUCAAUCAUGAGAGCCCGCGUAGAGGGGAGAAUUUUGUGACGAGGAAGAUCACAAGAGCAGUGGCUAAGAUACAGCUGGGUUUGCUGGAAUGUCUGGAGCUGGGGAAUUUGGAUAGUAAGAGAGAUUGGGGACACGCCAAGGACUAUGUUGAGGCAAUGUGGCUGAUGCUGCAACAAGAAAAGCCAGAGGACUUUGUAGUGGCAAUGGGGGAGGCGCAUAGUGUUAGGGAGUUUGUCGAGAAGGCUUUCGCGCACGUGGGGAGGAGUAUCGAGUGGAGGGGGAGUGGGGUGGAGGAGACGGGGCACGAUAAGGCCUCGGGGCAACUGCUAGUGCGUGUCAACCCCAAGUAUUUCAGACCUACUGAAGUGGAUCUACUGCUAGGCGACGCAAGUAAAGCCAAACAACAACUUGGCUGGUCUCCACGCAUGACCUUCGAUGAGCUGGUCGUUGACAUGAUGGAUGCUGACAUGGAGCUCAUGAGGAAGAAUCCACAGGCGUAGAAUGGAAACAGACUGUAUGUUUAGGUAAACUUGUGCAAUUUUAUUUUUGUUGAAUACUUGUUUUAUUAAAAUUUAUCUACGGUCAUAAACGCGAAUUUGUUCUACAAUAUUAUUGUAAAAAUUCAGCGACAAUGACAACAUUUUAGUAGACUAUUAUUUUAGUAUAAAAUAAUUAUAUUUUAGCUUAUUUAAUUUUCGGUUAUAUUCAGCCUAUGCAAGAUAAUUUUUUGUUGUAUUUUUCCAGUAAUUAUACGUAUUUCGUGAAUUUUAAGAUAUAAAUGGGGGGAGACACCCACCCGUACAAAAUAUAAAUUGUAUUUUUUGUAACAUCCGAAUUCUUAUAUACUUUAAUGCUUUAUUUUAAGGUUUAAUUUGUAAGACACGUUUUGUCUUGCAGUCGUAAUAUAGAUUACUUUAUAAAAGUACUUUUUUGGUAAUUCUAUUAAACGCUUUGUACAUUAUUGUAUUACUAAAUAAUUGUCUGCACAAACGCCAGCUUCUGUGGCCAUAUCAUAGACAACGGAGUCACGGAUCACUAUAAUAAUAAAUUAUUUCAGUUCCUCAGUUGAGUUUAAAUUUGACAGAUGUCAGAUAGUUUGUUUCAUGCCAAUUUAUUACUUAUUAGGAAAAAUAUGUUCUUGUAUUAAUGUAACUCAGUAUUUAUCCAUAUCUACACAGCAAAUGUCAAAUUCAUAUUUCUUCAUAUCUAAUACAACUCUGAAUAUGGUAAAUCUGGAUUUAAGUAUGACUCUUGUAUGUCAGAAUUAUGAUAUACCGGUGUAAUAUUUACGUCUCGACAAAUUGAAAUUUAUUUUUAUAACAAGUCAUACAUUCCAAUUAAGAUGGUUCUUUUAAUGCAUUUUUUAUUAAAUUACAAAGUUAAGAAUUAAUUUAAACACUGAAACCAACUUAACAAUGUUCAAAUACCUGCCCUUAUAAUAAAUUUACCAUUUACCGUUUAUAACGCAUUUCAACGGAUUGUGUAUAAACUUAAAUGCGGUUUUUGUUUACUUCUAUGUAAGGAUAUAUUUUUAGAGAUAAUCGUUAUAUUUGUUCCUGUAUGUAUUAUUGAAUUUAUGUGAUUUUUCUAUGUAUUAGUGUUAUUGUACUUUGUAUAAACUGCUAAUAUAGAGUAAAAUUAAAAUAAUAUAUUAAUUAAGUUAUACAACAUUUGUACUCCAUCUAGGCAUGGUCGUAUACAAAAUGAAGAAUUAUUUGUAAAAAGUGAAUUUACUUUAAAUACAUUUUAUGAUCGUA